AUGGAAAAAAUCAACUCUGAUGACCCUGGUGUGGAAGAACCACCAGAUACAGAUGAAGUUUGUCCAAAGGUUGAUGAUCCAGACCCUGACAAUGACGCGGAUUUAUCCUGCCCAGAAUCCCAAGUGCAACAAAAGAACACAGACGAGGACAACAUGGUUGAUGAACCAGACCUUGACAAUGACGCGGAUUUAUCCUGCCCAGAAUCCCAACAGCAACAAAGGAACACAGACAAGGACAACAUGGCUCGUGAAACAGAUUUGGACACUGAGAACUUAUUCAGCCCGGGAUCUGAACACAUCAAUAACACUGUAGCUCCUGGUAGCAACAUCUCAAAAGAGUCAUCCCCUCAGAAACAGAAUGUCAACUCAUCUCCGAAGAUUAUGCCGGUUAUGUCUGUAAAACCCAUCCGGAUCGGUAAGAUGAGGUUCAAACAGAAGCCAAAAAAGGAGGACAUGGAAACAGAGGCAGAGACGUCCGUCCCGGAACAAGAAUAUACACACCAAGAGGAGGAAGAUCUGAAUGACACAACGGCAGAUAUAUCCUACCAGGAAUCCGGACAGGUCGAGGGCGAAACGGAUCCGGAUUCCGAACAGAAUCCAACAAAGAAGGGCAUUGACAAAGGAGCAGAGAUAUCCGUCCAAGAACAAGAAUAUACACACCAAGUAAAAGCAAAUAUCAAGGGCACAACGACACAUAUAUCUAUCCCAGAAGCCGAAAAGGUCGAGGACGUAACGGAUCCGGAUUCCGAACAGAUAUCCGUCCCAGAACAAGUCAAUAAAGAACCGGGAACGGAGCCAGAUUCCGAACGAAACCCCAUAAAUGAUGAUAUGGAUACAACGGAAGAAUUCAGCUUAGAAGACAUCUAUGCAUUCCUCUUGCCGGAAGAAGGAUCGGAACUAAAUUUCGCACCCAGAGGAAAUACAGAGGAGGGAAGUUGCCCCGAGGCUAUAAAUGAAGUAGUGGUCGAAACGUCGACAGAUGCAGACACAGCGAUGAAUGUAUCCUUACAAGAACAGGAAGGGGUCGAGGAUGAAACGGAUCCGGAUUCCGAACAGGAUCUAGAAAAGGAGGCCAUGGACGCAGAGGCCGAGAUAUCCGUCCCGGAACAAGAAAAUACACACCAAGAGAAUGAAGAUCAGAAGGACACAACGACAGAUAUAUUCAGCACAAAAGCCGAACAGGUCGAGGACGAAACGGAUCCGGAUUCCGAACAGAACCCAACAAAGAAGGGCAUUGACCUAAGAUCAGAUAUACCCGUCUCAGAACAAGAGUAUACAGAACCGGGAACGGAGCCAGAUUCCGAACAGAACCCCAUAGAUGAUGAUAUGGAUACAACGGAAGAAUUCAGCUUAGAAGACAUCUAUGCAUUCCUCUUGCCGGAAGAAGGAUCGGAACUUCAUUCCGCACCCAGAGGAAAUACAGAGGAGGGAAUUUGCCCCGAGGCUAUAAAUGAAGUAGUGGUCGAAACGUCGACAGAUGCAGACACAGCGAUGAAUGUAUCCUUACAAGAACAGGAAUGGGUCGAGGACGAAACGGAUCCGGAUUCCGAACAGAUAUCCGUCCCAGGACAAGAAUAUACAUGCCAAGAGAAGGAAGAUCAAAAGGACACAACGACAGAUAUAUCCAGCCCAGAAGCCGGACAGGUCGAGGACGAAACGAAUGCGGAUUCCGAACAGAAGCCCGAAAAGGAGGACAUGGACACAGAGGCAGAGAUAUCCGUCCCAGAACAAGAAUAUACACAGCAAGAGAAGGAAGAUAUGACGGACACAACGACAAAUAUAUCCUGCCAAGAAGCAGAACAGUUCGAGGACGAAACGGAUCCGGAUUCCGAACAGAUAUCCGUCCCAGGACAAGAAUAUACAGAAGAGAAGGAAGAUCAUAUAUCCAGCCCAGAAGCCAGACAGGUACAAGCCCGAAAAGGAGGACAUGGACACAGAGGCAGAGAUAUCCGUCCCAGCCAAGAGAAGGAUAUGAUAUAUCCUGCCAAGAAGGACACAACGACAGAUAUAUACCCAGCCACAGAUAUAUCCAGCCCAGACAGGUCGAGGACGAAACGAAUGCGGAUUCCGAACAGAAGCCCGAAAAGGAGGACAUGGACACAGAGGCAGAGAUAUCCGUCCCAGAACAAGAAUAUACACAACAAGAGAAGGAAGAUAUGA